UCUCAAAUAUUAAAAAUCAACGGUCUUCGAUCAGGCUCAAACUCCACAACCGAACGAGCCCUGAUGUUCACCCGCCGGCGGAGAGCAUCUUCUGCUUUCCGAUUUCGAGUCCGUCCAAAUUAGGGUUUGCUGCUCGAUUUGAUACCCUGACCCAAACCCCACCGCGGAUUCCCAAUCGGGCUCAAUUGCAGAGUUUCUGAUCCACUGAAGUUCCUCCGUCGACCAUAUCUCCGUCCCGGUCGAGCAAACGGUGGUUUCUGCUCUCCUUCUUCUUCUUCAGCUCAAAAACCUCGGAAGCCCUAAGCUUCCAGUUCUUGGAUCUUUGUGUUCAGCUGGGAUUCUUGAAUUUGAGCUUCCAUUGGCUCGAAGCGAUCUUGGCAACCGAGUUUCCUGUUGAGUUCCACCUCAGGGUUCUUUAUGUUAGAUCCCUAGAUCGCAUUAGAAGUUCAGGUACAACAGCUAGUUUAAUCAGAGAUGUCGAUAAUCGGAGACGCCUUGCGGCAGGCAUUCAUGCCGAAGCACGAGUACGAGAGCCUCCGGGACGAGGACAAAGCUUGGACGAAGCUCCAAAGACCGUCCUUGGUGCUGUCGGUUUCUUUGAUCUGUUUAGUUGUCAUGACCUGUACAAUCAUUAGCCUGAACAUAGUGUUUCCGAGUGAUCCCGCGAAGAGACCGUUCUGCAGGGACAGGAGGCUCCAGCCCCUGCAGAUUAAUCUCAAACACCGGGAUUCAGAUUUGUUGCCGGGGGCUUUCUACUUGACGGAUGCUGAGACUGUUGAAUAUUUCUGGAUAGUUCUUUUCGUGCCCUCGACGAUCAUUUUCUCAGUUUCCGCUGUUUAUCUUCUUGCCGGCAUUCUUGUUGCUUAUUCUGCACCAACAAGACAUGGAUGCUUGAAGGUGGUUGAAAACAAUUACUGUGCUUCCAGAAGGGGUGGGGUUCGUUGUCUCUCCAUCCUCAACAUUGUCUUUGCUAUAAUUUUUGGACUCCUUGCCUUGUUUCUCGGUUCAAGCCUCCUCACUCUAGGGAGCAGCUGCUCCGUGCCCUUAUUUUGGUGCUAUGAGCUAGCAUCUUGGGGGCUUGUGACCUUAUACGGAGGAACAGCUUUCUUCCUGAGGAGGAAAGCUGCUGCAAUCCUUGAUGAGGGAGAGCUCGGAGCUCGGAAUUUGGGGCUUGAGAUGCUGGAAACGAAUCCCUUGGAAGUCACUCCAGAUGUCGAGAGACGGGUCAAUGAAGGGUUCAAGUCAUGGAUGGGUUCUUCCUUCCUCUCCUCGGACGAAGAAGACGAGCCGGAGAGUUACAUGGAAGCACCGCAGCAUGACCGCAUCGACUCCACAAAGCAGAGAGUGUGAGUCUUGAGUCAUAUGGAAGUUUACUGACAUACACUACCCACCCAACCUUUCAAUUUUGAUAAACUGAUAUGACAAAAUGCGUCUCUCCGCUGCUGUACAAGUCGGGCAAAGGCCAUAUCUCAGAAUUCGGGCCUAUAUGUGACACCUCAUAGUUGUAGCUUGUGAAUACUAAUUGUAUUUGGGUUUCGUAUGAAGUGAAAAGUAGGCAAAGGGAUGACUCUGAGUUUUCCACCGAGAUCUCUGUAUUUGGGCUUUCUAGUAAUGAAAUUUCACCAAUCUGAUGUUCAUAUUUCGUUUA